AUGAAAUCAUUAUAAGGUGAUAGUCCAAUCACACCCUUAACCGAGAAGUCCAUACUUUUAACUGACAAUAAUAAUGAAGAUUAAUUUUAUCCUUUAAGCUAAUAAAAUAAUUUAAUGCACGAAUAAUAAUAAUAUAAUCAAAAUCAUUUACUAAAUCCAAGAAUUUUGACUCAAAAACAAAAUCUUCAUAAUAAAUUAAAUUAAGAAUAUUAAGAAUUAAUGUAGAGAAGAAAUUAAUUAAGAAAUAGUUAUGAAUAACAAUAAUUGCAAUAAUGUUCAUUUAAACCAAGAAUAAGUUAAAAAAGCGUAGAAAUGAAAUCUUAAGAUAUGUCACAACCUCGUUAUAUGUCACCUAAAAAAAUUUAUAUUCAAGAUUGUACUUAGACUCUAUAGACUCAGCAAUCACCAAAAUAAAAAAAUAAGAAGAAAUCAAAUAAAGAGAAUCUUUGGGAAAGACUUAGUCAAAAUAAGUAAAGUGUUCAAUUAUAGAUGUCUAAUCCUAUUGUUCUAGAAUAAGCAAAUUAAGAAAGAAUAGAUUAAACUAAAAUAAACGAAAUAGUGAAUAGAUUAUAUAAUUAAACCUGUAUACCUAAGAAAUUAAAAUAAUAAAAUGAUAGUAAUCAUAUUUAAGGUUCUUUAAGAGGAAGUCAUAACGAAAAAUUGGUUAUACAUUACUUUGUUAGGGAAUUUUAUAAAGUAUUGACUUAGGCUAGAUGUGAAACUUUGGAUGAUUUAAAAUAUAAUUAGUAAAUGACAUUUUAAUUUUAAAUUGAAAAUGAUUUAUGUUUGAUUACAAUAAAUGAAUUAUGUUAGAUUUUGGAUAAUUUAGGAUUUGUUCCAUUAGAAAAUAAUCAAUUAUAAUUUCAAAUAUUUCAACAUUUGUAAUGUCCUCCAGAUUUUGAUAUGAUAUUAUCUAGAAAUUUAUUGUGUUUCUUAUUAUGUGUGUAAGGUUAUCAUAAUGAAAUCGAAUAAAUUCCAAAUUAUGAAAAUUAAUACAAAAUUAACUUUCCUAUUUAAUUUAAUAAUGGAAUAACACAAUUUAUAAAUGGAAACUUAAGAGUCUAUAAUCCAGAUCUAUUACUAUAAAAAUAUAAUAUAUUAAAUGUGAAUCAUUUGGCUUAUAAAAAAAAUAGAGAUUUACAUUAAGAUGUAAACACAUCUUUUAAGACAAAUAAAUAAACUUAAGUAUUAGCAAUUUAACAUAGAAAAAGAGUGGCAUCAGAAAUUUAACAUUAAAAUGUUACUUUAAAUGAUUAUGACUAAAUUUACAAUAAAAAGAAAUAAAAAUUAAUUGAAGAAUAAGAAAGAAUAAACUAAGAAUAAUGUACUUUUAAUCCAUAAAUAAAUGAUGCUCAAGUUAAAUCAAAAUAUUUAUAAUCUAAAUAACAGAAGUUAAAUGAUUAAGUAAAUCAAUCCUAAAUUAAUAUACCUUAAUUUACACCCAACACUUUAAAAAAUAAACCUGUAGUUGUAUAGAUGAAACCAACAACAAAUAGUAAUGUAGCUAUUGAAAGAAUGAUAAAAGGAAGAGUAUAAAGAUAAUUGAGUUAAGCAAUUAUUAAAUAAGGAACAUGUAAUUCUAAAAAGAGAUAGUAGUUAGAAGAAUAAAUUUAUGAAUAGGAGUUGGGUCAUAAAUAACCAUUAAUGUUUAUAGAUGUAAUUAUAGAUAACAAUAAAAAAGAGAGGAUUAUAGUAAAUUAAAAUGAUACAGCUGCAAAAUUAGCCUCUUAAUUUAUAGAGAAGAAUAAGAUUGAUAAGAGUCAUUAAGAAAAUUUAAUAAAGUUAAUUUAACAACAAUUACCUAAUCAUUGA